AGUGGGGUGUACGCUUCGAAGUGGCGGAAAAAUUCCAGAGCGAACGUUGGCGACGAAAUAAAAGUGUCUAUUCGCAUCUUUGCUUGUUGGUGCGUGUGUGCUACAUCGCUGGUCGGAUUUCAAAUUUUACGGAAUUAAAUUAAAAUUCCUUAGCAUUCCAACACACGUACGCUCACUCACACGCAUAUUGUGCAUGCUGGCGAUCGGUUGAUAUUCCGUUUAUUUUGCAAAGUGCGUGAAAUUUGAAAAACAAAAAAACAAAGUUUUAAGUAAAACGGCGUCAGCGUUGCGCUUAAUUUGACGCUGCCAGUGAAGUGAAAAGUUAAUUACGCUGAGCAGGAGUCGGCUACAGUGCAUUUGCGGCAAAAGUAGAGAGCGAAUGCUGCACUAAAGAUACGCUUGGGAUAGUUGGCGGGAAUCCCGAUGAAUACAAGACAUAUUUUAUAAGCGAAAUACGUAAAAAAAAAGUCCAUAAGGAGCCUGCUAAAUACUAACUCAACCGGCUUUUUUUAUUACAUAUAUAUUUCCUUACGUCAACUGCCAACGGACAUCACUCACGCAUUCAACCAUCGAGUCAUUCACUUCGCACUCAGCUAUUUCCUACCCAUCAUUCAUCUAUCAACAACGCCAGCCAGCUAUUCAAUAGCAGAAGAUAUCAUCGCUCGUCACAACAUUUUAUCUCGGGCGUGCAGCAAUAGCAACAGCAACAGCAGUUGUAACAGCUACACAGCGUUUACAUCAGCCAACAGUUUUUCAAUUCUUUGCGGCGUUAAUAAUAAACUUUCAAAAUUCCUUGCUGUAGUAUGGAUACGAAUUCUGUAAGUCCACUGCCACCACCAGAAGCACCGCUGGCUAUGAUGGAAGUCGAAAAAACGCCACCGGGGACACCAACAACAAAUGAUAUGCCACCGCCACCGGAUGAAGAAAAGCGCUAUGAGGAGGACUCGGAGAAUGACUGGAACUGUGGCUCGUGGUUCGAGUACUUGCUCAUUGUUAUACUCUCUACCAUUUUGCUUGUGGGUGUAUUGGUGCUUACGCUCUUCUGGAUACUCUUCUAUCGCGGCGGUUUCGCUUGGUCCGAAAAUCCAACAUUGCAAUUCAAUUUGCAUCCCACCCUAAUGGUGGCGGGCUUCAUAACGCUAUCGGGAUUUUCAAUUUUGCUCUACCGCCUCUGCCGUUGUUUGAAACAUAUUUACGUUAAGCUAAUUCAUAUGUUCUUUCACGCCUGCGCCAUACCGUGUGUGGCUUUGGGAUUUCUGUCCGUCUUUGAUUCGCACAAUUUGUCGGAGCCGCCUAAAGUGAAUUUCUACAGCUUGCAUUCGUGGUUGGGUUUUGUCACCAUGGGAAUGUUUGUGCUGCAAUUCGUUGUCGGAUUCUUCAGUUUCUUGGUGUUGCUGUGCUGUGAGAAUCGCACCUACAAGUGCCGCAGCAUUAUGGUUCCGAUACACGCUAGCUUCGGUCUGGUGAAUUUUAUGUUGGCAAUUGCCACUUGCAUCACUGGCCUGGUGGAAUAUGAACGUCAGAAUGCAGGCGAUGCUGUUUUGAGCUCACGCAAUUCCGAAAUCGAACACUACAUCAUGAAUUCAUUGGGUAUCAUUCUGGUUGCCAUAGGUAUCAUUGUUUCGGUCGCUGUACGACGAUCGAAUGCGCCAGCCACUGCCAAAGUCUAUGUCACCGAACGUUGCUGAAUACAUUUCCACCCAUACAAUUUUUCAUAUUUUUGAAGAGGAGCUUUUAAGGCAAAGGAAUUAAAAAAAAAUAUAUAUAUAAAAAAUGACUAAAUUAAACCAAAUGUCUAUUGAACAAGAAAAUAUAAGUAGCGGAAACAUUUGUUUUUCAUUUAUAAUGUUUAUGCUUAAGUGCGCCACUAAAAGCAGAGAAGUAUCAAAUAAAAGUUUUGAGAAAAAUCCUCUACUUACAUACAUACAUUCUAAAUUUAAUUUGUACAGCAAAAACCUGCCAAAUCGAUAUUAAUCAAUUGUUUCUAUAAGAAAACAAAAGUAAAACAUAACAGUAAAUAGUAAAAGCCCACCCGAAAGCCAAAUGCAAAAGCAAAUACAAUACAGGCGUAGAUAAUGCAUUACAAACUCAAAAAAAAAAAAAUAAAACAAAUAAAAAAUAAAACGGAUACCAAAAUGAGAGUGAUGCACAAAUUAUUCCAAAUAAAUUUGUAAGUGAAAAUUGAAAUUUGAUAAAAUCUACAAUUUACUAAAUAACGAAUAAUCAACAAUUAGCAAUCAAAAUUAAAAACGAAAAUCAAAUAUAUACCAUACAUAUUUAAAAUACAUAAAUACAUACAUGCAUACAUAAAUUUAGAAGAAAUCGUAUCACUAAGUAGCCCAGUAUUUGUAGUACUCAUACGACGUGUAGUCCACAACGAUUAUCAACUUAAAUAGAUAUUGGCAAAUCUCCUUCAAAGUAAAUCAAAACUUAAACGAAAUUAACGUUAAAUUAAAUUUACAAUUAUCGUUAAAUCAAAGAUCGAUAAAAAUCAUUAAAUUGUAAGUCAUAAAUAUAGUUGAAGUUUGUUUUGUUUUGUGUUUUUAUUUUCAUUUUAUAUAACCAACUUUAUUAAAAUACACAAAAGCGUGCAUAAAUGUAUGUACGUGUACAUAUGUAUGUAGUUAAGCGAUUUACAUAACGUAAACGUAAACGCAUACAUAGUUACAUACUUAUGCAUUAAUCUAAGCAAUAUAUAAAUGUAUGAAAAGAUUUCAAU